CUUUUUCUCUCUCUCUAAUCCUCACGCCGCGCAUUCAUUUCGUUCCCUCCAUAAAUCAUUACCCAACCUUCCGUUACAAAGUUUUUUUUUCCUUUUUGGCUUUUUUUGUUUGAAAUUUUCAUGAUUAAAAAAAAACCGCAGGAUCAUUGAUUUUGCUGAAGCAGAAGUUUUGAGGGUUAUUAUUGAUUCUGCUGAUGUUGUUUGAGGCACACGUGCUGCAUAAAGGUAGGUUUUAAUAGGGAUAUGCAGGGAGACGUGUUAGCAAUUCACCGUGGAGAUGGGAAUAGUGAUGAUUUUUUAAGAUACCCCAAGAAGAUGGAUGUGGAAGCUAAAUGUAAAAGUGAGGCCUUUAGGGAUGGAGAUGGAUUGAGAUCUUCUAUUAGAGAUGAAGUAGAAAAUGAGCAGAAUAGUUUGGACAUGGUGCAGGAGAGGACAUUGAUAAGUAGAGAAGAAGUAGGGAGGAAUGAAGAUGGUCAAGGACAGGUUGUGGUGGAAAGAGAUGAUCUUGAAACCAAGGAUGGAGAAGGGAAUUCACAGGAGAAAUAUGGUAGCUCUUAUCCCAAAGUAGACGCGUUGGAAGAAGAUAAACAUGUCAGUUUGAAAGCUAGCAGUGAUAAAGAAGCUGGGUGGUGCUCAUCUGAGAGCGUUAAGAGAGAAGAUGGAGAUGAGUCUCUUAAGCAGUAUGAUCCUUCAGAAAGGGUAAACAGGGACGUUGAACAAGUUGUCUUGGAGAGAGAUGAAAAAUCAAGGGAUAAUGAAGAGUCUGCUUCAGGUUCAUCGGAGAGGGAUGACAUGAAAGAUGGCCUGAAUACUCUUAGUAGAGAGACUAAAGAACUGGAUACAGAUGUGGCAGAUGGUCAUAUGAAUGUGGGUGGAACUGAAGAAGAUACAGGAACAUGUAACAGUUGUGAGAACAGGGAUUUGGGAAAGGACGGUGAAGAUAAUUCGAGUUUGAUGCUGAGGCAAAAGGAUGAUGAACCACCGCAGACGCAAGUUGAUAACACAGUUGUUAGAAAGAUGGAAAUGAUAGAAGUUACAGGAGAGCAAGACUCUCCCUCGUGUACACCUGAUGCAGUUAAAUCAGCUGGAGAGACAUCUCAAAACGUAUACUUCAGUGGACCAGUGUUACCACAGUCACCAUCACAAGGACAUAGGCGCGCGCAAAGUGAGAUAGGGACUCCAGGACACAGGCGCACAAACAGUUUCCAGAAAUUGAAAACAUCUAUGCAGAAGGCUUGGCGUGGGGUCAGCAAUCUCCGUGAGGAUAAUCGGCCCACUUUCAAUCCUGAGGUCUUAGCAAACCAAAAAAGACAGUGGUACCAGCUCCACUCUUCAAAAGCUCUGGACCAAACAAAAUAUAAGGAGCCAACGUCGCUAUUUGAACAUUUUAUCAUUGUGGGGCUGCAUCCGGAAACUGAUUUGAAGCCAGUUGAGGAGGCCUUUCGUAGAAGGAAGAAAUGGGAGAUGGAGAUGUCAAGGUAUGAAGUGGCUGACUACAGAAUACUCCGUCACCGCGGGCCUCAGUUUCCAAUAUUGCAGCCACAGAUACUUUUUAAAUACCCCCCUGGGAAGAAGGUGGCGAUGCGUCCAAAAGAUCUAGCAGCUUUCUGCUUUCCUGGUGGCGUCAAGGCACGCCUUUUGGAGAGGACCCCAUCUCUCAGUGAUCUAAAUGAGCUUGUGUAUGGACAGGAACAUCUAGGCACAGAUGACUCAUCGUUCAUAUUUUCGUUCAAGGUAGCAGAUGAUGCGACAUUGUAUGGUGUUUGUUUACAUGUCCCGGAGAUUGUUCAGAGACCCCCUGGUGUUUUAAGCACUGCGUCUCCCUUGCAUUCAUCUGGAGGAGGCAGUCGUUAUUUGGUUUCUGCACCUCGAUGCUAUUGCUUGCUGACCAGAGUUCCUUUUUUUGAGCUACACUUUGAGAUGUUAAACAGUAUGAUUGCACAGGAGCGUCUAAAACGGAUAACCGAAUUUGUUAGUGAGAUGUCUCUUGCUGCUGCAUGCCAUAGUCCAUCAAUGUCCAGAAUAAAUAGCUGUGUUUCUUCACCUCGUAGCCACCCUGGUGAUUGGAUGGCUUCUGCUAUACCUGUUGAUGGUGUCAUGGCACUCACGGCCGCUGCUGCGGGAUUGAUAACUGAUAGUGACAUUGCGAGCUUUGCAGAACCGCAGUCUCCAGAUAGUGUUGUCACUGGUGAUACUUCAGAUGCAAGUCAGAUCAAGGAAAUAGAAAGAGAUGGGAGAAAAGUGUUCCAUUGUUACGAUGAUGAUUCUUCUGAAGUAUUUGAGAACCACUUGAAUACUCCCGAAAGAACGUCCCAAAGCUUUGGGAACGGCCACGCUUCUCCAGAGGUUACAUGUACUGAUCCUAGGAUCCAACCGUUAGAGCGUUUUGAAAGCUGCGAGUCCGUGUUUAGUCCAGCUAGAAGUGCGUUGUCAGAUGAGGUUGAUGAUGUAUCGAACAGCGAAAAUGAUUUCGGAGAUGAUUUAAUUCUAGAAUGGGCUAAGGAACAUAACAAUGAUGCUUUACAAUUAAUCUGCGGGUACCAUUCAUUGGCAAUUCCUUCCCGUGGAAGUGAAGUAGUGUUCCAGCCGCUGGAACAUUUACAAUCCAUUGCGUAUACACGACCUCCUGUUUCAGCUCUAGGAUUGUCAGAAGAAUUUAUCUACCCUUCUGAUUCUUCUGAGAUAAAUGCGAGGUUGGCAGCUGCCGAGGAAGCAAUGGGUCUCUCAAUGUGGACAACGGCAACAGUUUGUCGGAUUCUAUCUCUUGAAACUAUUAUGUCACUCGUUGCUGGAGUUUUGUUAGAAAAGCAAAUUGUGGUAAUCUGCCCAAAUCUGGGUGUUUUGUCAGCAAUAGUACUGUCUCUUGUCUCAAUGAUUCGGCCGUUUCAGUGGCAGAGUUUAUUGCUUCCGGUUCUUCCCGGAAGGAUGUUUGAUUUCCUCGAGGCGCCCGUUCCAUUCCUUGUCGGUAUACACAGUAAACCUACUGAUUGGAAGGUGAAGACGUCGAAUCUUAUUCUAGUUAACAUCAUCAAUAAUCAGGUGAAAAUAUGUAAUAUGCCAGCAUUGCCUCAGCGUAGAGAACUCAUGGCUCAGUUGACUCCAAUCCAUGCCACAUUGGCUCAUCAUAGCUCGACUGCUAGAAGACAUCCCGUUUAUAAAUGCAAUGAAGUACAAGCAGAAGCUGCGACUAAGUUCUUGGGAGUAAUGAGAGAUUACAUGGAGUCUCUUUGCUCAGAUUUACACUCUCACACCAUAACAAGUGUUCAAUCCAAUAGCGACAGGGUUUCUCUACUUCUAAAGGACAGUUUUAUCGAUUCAUUUUCUGGUAGAGACCGACCCUUCAUUAAGUUAUUUGUAGACACACAACUGUUUAGCGUUCUAUCAGACUCACGGCUAUCGAGCUUCGAGAACGGGGGUCUCUAAAGCUCAUUUUUUGUCAUCAUCUUAUACUUAUACAAACUGAAGAAACCAACCAAAGUCAAAAUCAUAUGAAGAAGCAAAAGAGGGAAGCUUUAACCACCCUUUUAACACUGGGAAGACUUUUACCGGUGAUGUAUACAAAUGUCUUUACUCAGAGUUUACUGGAGUGGAGUAGAAGAAAAGUAAGAAACCAACAAAAGAAAAAGAACAGAGACAUACUUAGCUCGUCUGGUCCUUGUAUCAUUAACAAACCAAACUUGUUUCUUGCUCUUGUAAAUUAAUCAACGCUCAAUAGGGGCCUUUUUGUUUGUCAAAAGUUGUAAAGAACACUUGAACCCUUUUGCUUAUUUCAAGUGUUUGAUUUGUUGUUUCAUAAUAAUUUCUCACAAGAGAACAAUAGUGUUCGCUUACUUUGAUUCUUUGUAUAUAGACAUCGUAUGUCUUGGAUUGCGGUUGUAAUUUCGUUUUUGCAUCUAGAUGGUGG